GGGAGCGCGCGCGAGACCACCGGGCUACGCUCACUCUUUGCCCCACGUCAUCCCCUUGUUCACCGCCGCCAUCACCUUCUCCGCCGCCGCAUCCUAUAUUCGCUCCUACUCCUUCCUCCGACGCGUUUUGGCCGCCCCGUACGGUCCGUUCUACCACUGCUGCGUUCGUUCGUUCGUUCGUUCGUUUCGUUCGUACGUACGUACGUUCGCGUAUCCCUGGCCGACAGAGCUCGUGCAGAUGCUCGCCAACGUCUGCGAAGAGCCGUGUCGCUCGUCGCGCACGACCAAAUAUACAGCUCGCUGUCGUCGUGCGCGAGCGUACAUAUAUAUAUAUAUAUAUAUACAAGUAUAUAUAGUAUUUCCUUUUUCACCCCGAAAAUUCGCGCCCGCAGCAUCUCAAACAGAUCCUCCUCGUUCAACCUGCCCUCGCCCUUCGUUCCUUUCCGGUCCGGUAGCCAACCGGCCGGUCAAGCAAAAAAGAGAGGUAUUACCCGGGGUAUUUGUCCGGGUAUGUAGAAGGGCUUCUCUCUCGGGUUUUUGCGACGCGGAUCACGCUCGCUCGCUCGUCGUUUAAUCGUGCGAGAGAUACUUUAUACACGCGUUAUGCUACGCGAUUGUCAACGGUGAGAAGAGUCGUGUUUGUGACAAAGCCGCGCUGCUGGAUCAGUGCCACGCGAGAAGACGACAAUGUCCCAUGCGAUCGACGUGGACAACGACGACGACGACGACGACGAUGAUGAUGAUGAUGAUGAUGACGACGACGACGACGAUGACGAUGACGACAGUGUUCGGGGCGAGAAGCGACGACGGUGACGGGAAAUUGUGUGCGCAGUGAUUCGCGGGAAGGAAAGAUCAGAAACUGCUACGACGACUGGAAACUGCGUGCGUGCGUGCGUGAAUGCGUGCCCGCGUACGUGCGUGCGUGCGCGCUCAUCACAGGCAGAACACGCGUGCACCGACGUAUACUCGGUCGGGACCAGCCCUCCUCUUGGUACACCUAAGUGAGGCGUUCAACGUGGCCGAUCCUUGGACAUGGUGAGGGGGCAUGUUGAUGUGUCGGCGGUUGCUGCUGAUCGCAGCCGCGAUCGCGGCCUCGAACGAGGCUGGCUCGGCUAGUUAUCGCUCUCUCGGCAUCUCGUCGUCGGAUUACUCCGGAUACCCGGGCGGAUACGCGGUCUACUCCGGCGCGACGUCACCCGAGUCCUCGUCGUCGUCGAGCUCGUCGACGUCCAGCCCGGCGUCGGAGCCCGCCGGCAGCAACGGCGAGUCGCUCUGCCGACCGUCCGAGUUCCAAUGUGACACCAGCAGACAUUGCGUCGCGCAGGACAAGUACUGCGACGGCGAGAAUGACUGCGACGACAAGUCCGACGAGCCGAGAUAUUGCACUCCUUGCAAUCGGACGUUGUACGGUGACGUCGGUCGGACCUACAGGGUGGAGAUACGCCGACCAAGGGAGGAUCGACUGCCAUUCCUGUGUCAUCUCAAUUUCACUGCCGCCGGAUCCGAUCUCGGGGAUCUAGUCCAGUUAACUUUUGAUACCUUUACGGUUGGCCGCUUUCUAUCCUUUACAUCGGAAGGAUGUCCAGAUGGUUUCAUGACUAUUCGCGAGGAAGGUCGUCCUGCGACAGGAGGACAAUGGUGUGGCAGCGCAUGGGGAUACACUGUCUAUUACAGCGAAACUCCUUCCAUCAAUCUGACUUUAUAUUUACUACGUUUAUCAGAGCAGGGAAUCGGUUACAACUUCGACUUCAAGCUGUCGUACAAGUUCCUGAGAAGAAGCGAGGCGCAUCUCAGAUACGGAAACAGCAGUAUGUCCACAUGGCGCGGCGAGCUGGUGAACGGCACGUAUUGCGAUCGUGUCCUCACCAAAUGCGAUACUAGAGCUUGCCGCUUACAGUCCCCGAAUUAUCCCGGAGUUUACCCCAGGAAUGUCACUUGCUACUAUCGGGUAGAGCAAAACCGCGCGCCAGUGGGUCAUCGAGCUUUACUUGCCGUUAGUCAACGAAACAGUCACAAGAUACACAUUAAGGACCAGGUCGUCAAGUACGACAGAAGUCAACGAGUGCUCAGGGUGUGGGAUCAGUGCAACGUCGUGCAAGAUUACCUGACGGUAUAUGACGGAGGUUCAACCUCAGAUCGAGUGCUCGUGAGACUGUGCGGAGGAGACGCGGUGCCCGACAUCGUCAGUAGUCACAAUACGAUGUUGUUGGAGUUUCAUACAUCCCCGUACGACAAUCCGUUUCAUCCGGUUCCAUUGUCUUUCCUGCCAGGAUUUGAACUAGAAGUUCAGGUGAUUUUUGUCGAUGAAAAGUCCCGAAGUUUUGUGAAGGAAAACGAGAACUGCGAUUUUUAUAUAUCCGGCGACGAGAACUCGUCGGGCAUUCUGGAAAACCCGAAGCAUUCUUUACCGCCAAACACCACCUGCCGUUAUCACUUCCAAGGGAAGCUCAACGAGAUCGUUUGGUUAUCGUUCGUUAAAUAUUACGUCGCCAGCGUCGAAGCGGCUGCAAAUAUCGAUACUACCGCUGAUUGCAACGCAAAACUUCUAAUAUGGGAUGGCGAUAUCACUGUGGACAAACUUGCUUCUAAUCGAAAAAAUGUUACACUGAUGGGACAGUUCUGUAAGGACGACAUACCGCGAUUGUGCGACCACAGUCUGCUGCGCAACAGUAGCCGUCACACGCGACCAUGUAGUCUCGCAGAGAGCUACGUGUCAACCGGCCGCGAUCUCACCCUGGAGCACAUAUUGCGCCAGGGUAGCGCAUUGUAUCCGAUAAGUUUCGUGCUACGUUACGAGUUUGUGCACGAAGCCAUCUCGUGCAACCACGUGUUCACCUCGACGUCGUCGACCUCAUCCACGUCUUCCACAUCAUCCCUAUCGGCCUCCUCUUCCUCUUCCUCGUCUAAUACCGGCAAAUUCUCAUCACCAAAAAGCGUUUUCUUCUACGGUCGCGGUGGAGCCCAAAAUCUGAGCUGCGUAUAUAAAUUCGAGGCCGAACCCGAUCACAGGAUAGAGCUGUCCUUCGUCAGGGCAUCGUUCGGCGGCAAGAACUGCGCGUCUUACAUAGACCCGUUGGUGAACCGAUGGACGUGCGAUCGGCGCAUGGCGGAUGUUAAGAAGCAUGGCAUGGCGAAUCUUAUUGUCGCAGAAUUCCCUUGGCAAGGAGUCGAACUUGUUCGCGAUUGUCUGUGCUCGAACGUGAGCGAGAGAAUCGUCGUGCGGACUCUGACAUCAAACAUGGUGGAGGUCAGAUUCACCGUCACGCUCAUGAACGUCACCCAGGAUUACCGAGAUUUCUUCUUCGAGGGAGAAUACCGUUUCGUUCCCGUGGGCGUCGAGUCGAGCGAACACGGAUGUUCGACGAGACUCGAGGAACGACGAUUGCGCGGCACCAGCGGCGAGAUCUCCCUCAGGAGUCCCCUACCGCGGGUGAUUCCCGGCGUGGCCGCGGUGGAGGAGAUCCUGACGAACACGGAGGAUCUCACGGCGACGCAGUGCGUGAAUGAGCCGUGGCUGAUCGAGCCCGAGGAUGCGCGCAUCAACUUCCUGUAUUUGAGAACCGCCGGUUACAGCAUCACCCUGGAUAAUGUUGAGGAUUGCAUGACUUUGAACAGAAUCAUCGUCUAUUCGGCCGCAAAUACGAAGGAGCGCAGCAUUAUUUGUCCGGAGGGUGGCGUUGACACGGCCAGAACCGUCGACUUCUUCUCCGGUGGUUGGAACUACAGCGCCGUGAACGCGAGCGUGGCGAUGGCGCAGCAUUCCCGCAGCUUCGUCGUAGAGUUCCUUCAGCAAGAGCCUGGUUUCUAUGCCGUCACGUGGAUCGCGAUCUCCAAACGUUCGCCAGUCACGCCCAAUUUGAGCGCCAAUACGUUCGCCAUAUUACCCACGGAAGACUGCCUCUACAGAUGUCCAGAGAUCCAAGCAUGCAUCAGCUCGGUUCUGUGGUGCGACGGCGUGCGCCAUUGUCCUUCGGGCUUCGACGAAGAAGAAGCCAAUUGCUCCUACCACUUCGGGGUUACGCUGCUCUACGUCGCGGUGGGCGCCGGUGCCCUAGGUAUAUUUCUGAUCCUCCUACUGGCCACCGGUUGCCUCAAGUAUUGCCUCUACCGGCACAAGGCGCGCAAGAAGAAGAAAAACGUCGCCCUGAACGUCAAUCAUCUCCAUGUGAAUCAUACUCACCACAACAACGGCUUGACCGGGAGUCGGCUGAGCGGACGCUACAAUCUAGCCACACCCCAGGAGAUGUACCUGGAGAAUUAUGGAAAGGACAGUAUUUGUUGACAAUACGCCAUUGCCAAUAUCGAGACCACCGUGUGAAUAGUCAUGAUUUUUAAAUGCCUACCUCGCUCUGGCCCCCUCCCUUUCCUGUUUCCGCUACCCCUAAAGUAACGGACCGGAGUGUACGGCAGCCAGACACUCCCAUCCCAAGGGCACACACAUUACACACGACGUGCAUACACACACAUACAUAUACAUACUCUCGCAGUAAUCGUACGAAAUCCCGUAGAAUAUAUCCAAAGCACAUAGAAGCGAGCGCACGAGAUGAAGCACUCAAUUAGUGACGAAGAUGGUUCCGUCAUCGAGUCUAUUCCUUCAGUCUCAUAACGAUCGGUCUGUUUUGAAUAAGCGGAUUGCGGAUUCGACUCAUUAAAUCGGGACGGAUGGCAAUUCGCUUGUCACCUAAGAAUGGAUUGCAAGACGCUCGUAAUCCUAACGAGUGAAUGAGAGGAAGAUGUAAACGCACCUCUCGUACGCUCGUAUAUAUGGCAUUUACAAUAACACCGCAGUAUCAUGGUAGGUUUAGAUAUACACACGAUUUAAGAGUAAAAAAAAAUACGCGCAAGUGGACGAAGAGCAGCGAAAUUGGCGUUUAUACACGCACAUAUACAAUGCUUCUAAAAGACGUAGGAUACGCUGUUUUCGUUGAGUGCACUUUCGGUCGGUUAUCGGAUGAACGUCGUAAACACAACGUCUACGACGCAACUACGGCGAUAAAAGUAACGAGAUGAAGAGAGAGAAGAUGCGAGCGCUAAAAAGCGAGAGAACGCGUUUCACAGAUAGUUUUCGUGCGAAUGAUGUCACGAUCGAUAGGAAAGGAUAGGAUGUUAAAAGUUAUAUGCAACUCGCGAAGUGAUAUAUUCGCGGCAUUAAACUGGCUGUGUUGGGAAGAGAUUUGGCGAAAUUGGGCGUAUUCGCUUUUAUUCCUGAUUGCGCUAAUUCUGAGACAACCCUCGUGUUUAUCGUUAACGCUACUUUCGUUCUUGAGAUCUUCCACAAGAUCUUCAUGAAAGAGGAAAAAAACGAUGAGAAACGAACCGCGAUUAAGAUACAUCAUUAACGCUCGUGCAAAUCUCUCUGUUCUGACAAAUCCGUUAUAACCAGAUCCCUUACGCUUGUCUAAAUUUCCUCUAUCCGUUGAUGAAGCAUCGUUUGUCAAACUAAUCGCAGGCUUGAAUACGUUGCAUUGAUUCAAAUUAGGGUGACUACGUUAAGUUACUUUUUAUACUGCUAAAAGAUAUUGAUUGUUAAAUUAGGAUAAUGUCAGGAUUUGAUUGGAAUUUCAAGUUCAUCGUGCAUUCGCAAAUCUAAUAGUCAACGCAACAUCUUCAGGGCCAAAUUGCUGGUCUCUAAUAAAUAUUAUAAAGAAUCUACUUAAAAAUUUAAGCAGAUCCUCAUUUCAGAUCUUCGAUAAGUGCCCUUUGUAAUCCUGAUCGUUCUCGCAAACCAUCCUUACAUAUUAUCCGCGUUAUAUUCCAUUAAUAUACAAUAUACAUCAAUGCUACACUGUCAUGUGUUUACGCAUUACGCAAUAAUUCGGUCUCGCUCGCUCCACUGUAAUUCCAUUCUAUGUCAAUUCAAGCAUAAUUUUUUUCCAUUAUCCCCGUAUCUGCGCGAUUUUCGACUAUUUAAACUUUAUAGGUGAUUUAUGGAAGACAGCAUGAGAUACGUAGAUAAUUCACUCGCAUUAAUCUAAUAGGUUUGGUAUCGAUGCGCGUGGCUCGAACGUAGAUAUAUCCAUGUGUAACUAAUUGGAUGCCGAAGGAGAGUAUGUACACUGUAAUUCUGUUGCGAAUGCAACAGGAAUUAAGCAAACGAAAUGGUUGAGCGAACAAUGGACGAGAUCCCUACACGUUAGCCUAUUAUAGACACUGUAUGGUAAAGCGCGUCUAAACGUACGUCUGUAUGCUGUGAUAGAAGUAAGCGUAUCAACAAUCGGAAAUAAAUCACUCGCGUGAACUCACGUUACACGCAUAUGUAUGCGUCCUCGAAACCAUCACCGAAGAUGGAUCGCGAUCAUUCGAUUUGCGAUCUUCGACGUCGAUAUCUUAACGCGGUCCAGCGUACAACUUCUAGAUCAUUAAUCAUUCAAGAAAAAGAUAUGUGGUCCAAACUCGAGUAAUAUAAGUAAACUCGAGAAAAGUUGAUUGAAAUGCGAGUUUAUAUAGUAAGCCAUUGGGCGGAAUAGUGGUAUAAGUUGACGAAAAUAAAAGUUUCAAACAUCAAAAUUAGAGCGAAAUAAAACUUUUGACAUAUAUUACUUCUCUUAUGUGUAUACAAAAAAUAUAUUGAAAGUGAUCGCGAUAAAGCAAUUGGAUUUUAUAGUUUCGUAAACUUUUCUUAUCUACUGUCACAAAGCGAGAGAAAAAAAUUGCUUACACCGCUGUUUUGAUCAAUGGCUUGUAUAUUGCAUAAUUUUUAUAUAAAAACGGCCGUUGAAUUAGAAUUUAUUGCGAUCGCGAUUCUAAGACGCGUUUUUCUAACGUGUUAGUUGUGGUAUUUUCGUACACCUUUGCGAACUUAUAUACAUAGACUUUCGUGUCACAAAGUUUGAAAAAUUCUUACAGAGACGCCGACCGCGUUAAGAUAUCUUUCGCCAGUCUCAUGAAUUGCUCCGUGAAUAAUUCACUACCUAUAUAAGACAUCGUCUAUCUACACGAAUACUGCCGCAGUUAUAUUAUUUAUUCAUAAAGUUUUAUAAGUCUCUUUCUACCCGAAUACGAAAAAACUGUUCGAAUAUACGACAUUCUAUAUACUAUAUAAAGACACGGAAUCCGAAUGCGAGUAACGUGCUAACGAAUAACGUAUCGUGCAUCAGAAAGCGAAACUAUGCACCAGCUCCUCGAUGUGUUAAUCGCGCGAUUUCAAUAUUAAAGACAUGUUAAAAUUUAACUCUAACAUAUCGAAAGUUCGAAAUUAAUUAAUUUAAGCGCGCCACCAUUUAUUACUACUAUCUAUAGCAAGACUCAAGUAGCAAUUAUUUUCGUGAAUGAAGAUAGGGACGAUCUCCUUUUUCAAAGAAAAAAAAUUCCUAAUUCUUUUUUGUACGAAGUCGUUUCGUUAAACAAAAAAACUCAUUUCUCGUGAAAUUUUUGAUAUAUCACGCAGUCGGUAGAGUUCUCACAUCUUGUCUCUAUAAAUAAAUAAACGCAUAAGUCUCCCUCGACGACGAAAACCAACGUAAUACACUUGGUGGGACGCAUCGUUUCAUGGGGGACGACGAUUUAUAUUAUCAGUAUCUUUCUACGGACACAGAAAAUAUCGAUGUGGCCCGGCCAUUAAAAAGCACACACACGGAAAGUAAUUCCUGUUCCUUCGUGCCACGAGAGCGAAUCAGUACGGAGUUUAAUUCCUUCGACGGAUAAAAAAAAAGUCUAAAUCGUGGAGCGUGCACGUCACAUUUUAUGAGAUUUACGAUACGCCUCGACUCCACGUCUCGCGCUCAAUCGAGAAUGCGUCCUAUAAUUACGAAAAUAUAGUAAUAUGCAUGUAUGUAAGAACGUACACGAAAAAAAAUGCCGUAGCACAAACUGGCUCGCACACAAGUAGCUAAAAAAAGUGGAUGGUAAAAGAGUUUUGAAUCAAAGAGGCCUUGAUUCAACGACGUUUCUAAGCAAGUAUUACGCGUUACACGAUGUAUUGUAAUCCCGUGUUUAUAAUUUUAAUAAAAUACCAUCGCGUUAAAGAAACCCAGCAGAA